GGUGCUGCACGCCUCUCCAUGGGGGCUGAUCUCAUUCGUAACGGCUGCACUGCAUCUCGCCGCAGAGAUGUACAGAAUCUUCAUCCACGGUCCCGUGUUCAUGACCUUUCACGUGCUUUCAGUGUUUUGGGCAGUUAUGAACGACACCGCUGUAAACAUUCUCUUAGACAAUCUGCACAUACUUCCCUUAAGCACGACCUGCUCUUCGAAAAAGAACUUUCUCAGAUGAGCUCCUCGGGGCUGCUGUGGAGCUGUGCUUCUCAAGAAUCAAAACCAGCCCUGUUACUCCUGAGAAAAGCCCUCGUCUGGCCUCAUCCCGGGGCAGGCCAGGCCUUCAUGCUUCUGUGGGUGUCAGUGCUGGUCCUGGCUCCUGUCAGUGGAAAAUCUGAAGCUGCGGCCAAACCCGUGAUUUCCCUCCAUCCUCCAUGGACUGUCGUCUUCACAGGAGAGACAGUGACCCUGACUUGUCACGUAUUGCACUUCCACGCUCCAGAGAAAAUAAAACGGUUCCUUUGGUACCUCGAGGGUAGAAUACUACGCGAAACCCCAGGCAACACCCUGGAGGUCCGUGACUCCGGACAGUACAGAUGCCAGACCCAGGACUCGCUCCCAAGUGACCAUGUGAGCUUGAUCUUUUCUUCAGCGAACCUGAUCCUGCAGGCUCCCCCCUUCGUGUUUGAAGGCGACUCUGUGGUUCUGAGAUGCCGAGCAAAUGCAGAAAUCACUCUGGAUACCAUGACACUGCACAGGUGGGGAAAGGUCCUGAGCGUCUCUGAUGAAAGUUCCGACUUCCGCAUCGAGCAAGCAAGUCUCAAAGAUAAUGGAGACUAUCACUGUUCCGGAUUUAAGAAUGGCUGCUGUUCCUACUCUUCCAACAUGAUCAACAUCGAAGUCCAAGAGCUGUUUCCACGUCCCGUGCUGACAGCCAGCCUCUCACCGACCGUCUCUGGGAAGUCAGUGACCCUGACCUGCAAGACCCAGCUCCCUCCACUGAGGUCAGACGUCAAACUCUGGUUCCGCUUCUUCAAAGACGACCACAUGCUGCAGUUGGGCUUGGAAAGCUCUCUGAAAAUCUCGACCCUCACCACGAGGAGCAGAGACCCGCCGUAUUACUGGUGCGAGGCCCAGAGAGGGUCUUCCGGCGUCUGCAAACAGAGCCAGAAAUCCCAGCUACGCGUGCAGAUCCCCGUGUCUCGUCCUGUCCUCACCCUCAGCCCCCAUGGGGCCCCGGUUCCUGAAGGACAUACAGUGACGCUUACCUGUAAAGCCGAGAGUGGCUCCUUCCCAAUCUUGUACCAGUUCCUUCGCGAAGAAGUCGUCAUCCAGAAGAUGGAGCCCACUCGGGGCAUGAAGUCCGUCAUGUCUCUGAGGGCAGAGCAUUCUGGAAACUACUACUGCACCGCGGACAACGGCCUGGGUGCCCAACGCAGCCUGCCCGUGUACCUCGCUGUGACUGUCCCCGUGUCUCGUCCUGUCCUCACCCUCAGCCCCCGUGGGGCCUUGGUUCCUGAAGGACAUACAGUGACACUUUCCUGUAAAGCCGAGAGAGGUUCGCCUCGCAUCCUGUACAAGUUUUAUCACGAGAAUAUCAGCCUGGGGAGCAGGUCGGUCCUGUCUGCAGGAGGAAUGUCCCUCCGUGUCACCGUGACGGUGCAGGACUCUGGGAACUACUUCUGUACCGCUGACAAUGGCUUCGGGCCCCAGCGCAGUGAGGCCAAGAGCCUCUCUGUCAAAGUCCCAGUGUCCCGCCCCGUCCUCACCGUCAGGACGCCCAGGGCCCAGGUCGUGGAGGGGGAGGUGGUGGAGCUUUACUGUGGGGCCUGGAAGGGCUCUCCCCCCAUCCUGUACCGGUUUUAUCACGAGGACAACGCCCUGGGGAGCAGCAGGGUCUACAGCAGAAGAGGAGCGUCCUUCAAACUCCCCCUGUCCGCAGAACAUUCUGGAAAAUAUGCCUGUGAGGCCGACAAUGGCCUGGGGGCCCGGCGCAGUGAGACGGUGUCACUCGACGUCAAAGUCCCAGCGUCCCGCCCCGUCCUCACCGUCAGGACGCCCAGGGCCCAGGCCGUGGAGGGGGACGUGGUGGAGCUUCGCUGCGAGGCCCAGAGGGGCUCUCCCCCCAUCCUGUACCGGUUUUAUCGUGAGGACAACGCCCUGGGGAGCAGCAGGGUCCACAGCAGAGGAGGCGCGUCCUUCAAACUCCCCCUGUCCGCAGAACAUUCUGGAAAAUAUGCCUGUGAGGCUGACAAUGGCCUGGGGGCCCGGCGCAGUGAGACGGUGUCACUCGACGUCACAGUCCCAGCGUCCCGCCCCGUCCUCACCGUCAGGACGCCCAGGGCCCAGGCCGUGGAGGGGGACGUGGUGGAGCUUCGCUGCGAGGCCCAGAGGGGCUCUCCCCCCAUCCUGUACCGGUUUUAUCGCGAGGACGUCCCCUUGGAGAGCAGCUCAGCCCCCUCUGGGGGAGGAACGUCUUUCUACCUGUCUCUGACUACAGAACAUUCUGGAAACUACUCCUGCGAAGCUGACAAUGGCCUGGGAGCUCAGCGCAGUGAGGUGGUGCCACUCAGUGUCAUCGUCCCAGCGUCGCACCCCACCCUCACCCUCAGGGCGCCCGGGGCCCAGGCCAAGGUGGGAGACAUGGUGGAGCUUCGCUGCGAGGCCCAGAGGGGCUCUCCCCCCAUCUGGUACUGGUUUUAUCACGAGGACGUCCCCCUGGGGAACAGCUCGGCCCCCUCUGGAGGAGGAGCGUCCCUCAACCUCUCUCUGACCGCAGAACAUUCUGGAAACUACUCUUGCGAGGCCGACAACGGCCUGGGGGCCCGGCGCAGCGAGGCGGUGCCACUCAGCAUGUCAGGGCUGACCAGGAGCAGAAGUGGCCCCAUUGCUACGGGUGUCACCGGGGGGCUGUUCAGCACCCUGGGCUUUGGGGUCGUGGCCCUGCUGUUGUAUUGCCGGCUCCCAAGGAAAGCAGGAGGAAGGCCGACCUCUGACCCCUCCAGGAGCCCUGCAGACUCCGACGUCCGAGAGCCCGUCUACCACAAUGCACCAGCCUGGCUGGAAUUGCAGCCGGUAUACAGCAAUGUAAAUCCUAAAGGAGGAGAAGUUGUGUACUCGGAAGUCCGGAGGAUUCCGCAGGGGAGCAAACCUGCAGCGAACUCAGACUCCGUGUUAGGGCUCCUCCGGACCCACCUGCCCUCCCACGGCCAGGCCGCCAGCCACCGGCCUUCCGACCCCCCGGGCUCAUCUGUCAUCUACUCCCAGGUGAAGGUGGCAUGCCCCUCGGCCUACGUGGCUCCUCAAAGCUGAGUCCACACACACGCCCUGCGUCCCAAGCCAUCCUGGGGGCAAGGACAUCGACAUGGGGUGACUUGAACGGGUCCAGGCCCCGUCCCCUGGCCUCUGCCCUCGGUGUGACCGGAGCACGGGACUACGGACGCUGCCGUUUCCCAAGUGACAGCCCGUGCGCCUCGCGGUCUCUCUGUCUGGUGACGCGUUGCUCCCCCCGGGGCCAUCCCGUCCCCUGGCUUCCUUAGCGGGCUUCAGCCACGGUCCCUGUUCUGGGUCCCACUCCCAUGCACACGCCAGCCACUCCUAGUGGAGCCUGCUCCUGGACUUCGAGGAGGCCGCCUGCCCCCUUCCUGUGGACACCCGUCACCUGUAGAGACCUCCACCAUAGACACCUGCUCCCCCUGGACACCCGCCCCCCCCCCGGACACCUGCUCCCCUGCAGCUCCUUUCUUCAGUGCUCUUCCGUCUGGUGGGGCUACCGUGGGACUCUACCAAGUGGGGACGGGCGCAGCUGGCUGUGGACCUCAGCACCAUGGGGCUGCAUUUCAUGCCCCCCAUCUGCCUGGGACGUUAAGGCCAGCCCCUGACAGCAGGAGAGCUUCUCCCCUGUAUGCGGACCCACACCCCUGCCAGUGGGCUCACAUCCCCUUCCCGUGAGCCCUCCGGUGUGGGUGCAGGAACGCGUCUCACCUGCACAGAGCUCCUGUCCAGAGGCUCGCCCUGAUCCCCGUGAGGAGACCUGCACAUUCCGACAGAGGCACCUCAGAGCAUCGGGGGGACGGAGGAGGCCCGACAGGUGGGAACCUCGACCGGGUUCUGGGUCAAGAAAAAGCCGCAGGAGAAACUUCGGAGGCAGUUAGGGAAAACUGAAUAUGAACUAUAUAUUACUGAUACUAUUGAAUCAAUAACCUGGCAUUAAUUUAAGAAUAUUUGAAAAUAUCUGAAA